GAAAAUUUCCUCGCAAUCAGACUCCUUUCAAAAGUUAUCGUGUAAACGGCCAGACGGACGGACGACACACUAACCGAUUCUAGAGUGUACUCACUUUUUGAGUACACAAAAAAGGACUCUGGCAGGCGACGAAGCUUGACAUGCUCUUUCAAACAAAAGUAAAAUAAAAUAUAUACAAUGAGUCUGGACAGAGAAUUCUUGGAAACACGAUCAAAAAAGUAUAAACUGAGAAAAAACGAAAAGCAUCUUCUGAUUUUUCAAAAAACAGCUGGUUUUUCGAACAGGGAGUGACGAAAAUCUUCGAGAAUUUUGGACAAAAAGGAGGUAUCGAGGAAAACUUUUUAUCAGUUAUGAAAGAGCAGAUCACGGCCUAUCUUCUCAUGCAUUUAUCUCCAUUUCGACUUUUUUGACGAAAAUUGACUUUUUUUGAGUGGGGGGGGGGGGGGGCCUUAAAUAAAAAGAAAGCUUGUUAGUGCAGCCCCUUUGGGGCUGAAAUGUGGAACUCAUAUAUGCUCUCUAGCUUCACUCAACUAAUACAAAAUACGUAAACUGAAAAAUCUCUCUUAGACUAUAGUUGUUUUGCGGAAUAAUCAAUCACAAGAGUAAGAACCUCUCUAAUUUCUGCAUUUCGAACAGAAUUUUUUAAAACUUUUUUCUAUGGGCGCUCUAUUUUUUGUUUGUAUUGUUGCUAUUCGCUCAUUAUUUUUUUAUUUUUUUCAAUUCGUUUUUCUUAAUUUAUCAUUCCUAUUAUUAUUAUCAUUUAAUUGAUUGACAAAUAAGUGUGUUUUACGUAUCUAUGAUAUGUACAGCAGAUCUUACACACCAUCAUAUAUAUUAAUGAAGUCACAAAUAAUGGUAUUCAUUAUUUCUCAAAAUUAUAACUUGAUCAAUUUUUCAAAAAAAAAAACUCUAGAAAAUGUAACACCUUUUAUUAUUGAUUGCUAAGGUCUGUAAUGGAGUGGAGAGGGGGGGGGGGGCAUGGGAAGCCCGAAAACUUAAACUUAAAACUUACACUCACUAUUUUCUUUGAAAAUAUAUGUGAGUUCCACAAAACUUGUCAGUGCGGUUCCUUUCGGGACCGAAGUGUGGAACUCACGAACUCUGACUUUUAUAAAUUUAUGAUAUAUUGUGAGAGCUUUUAUAAUACUUUUCUUUAAAUGUCAAAUAAAUAAGUCAAAAUUAUAACAACUUUUAUAGUCGAUGGGCGCGCUCUGAACUUUUAUCAUUUCGAAACGGUUCGCAUUUCUACGUAAUCACUUAUCCAGCAAUUUAUUUGAUGCAUUUAAUCUCGUUAUACUGUAAAAGCUUAUUUAUAUUUUUAGAUACAUCAUCAACCCAUUGCUUCUUUUCUUCUAAUGAUAAUAUAUCAAUGAUAAAUGCCAUAGACAGCAACAAAUGUAGUUUAACUCUUUGUUUGGUCGAUUCAACUAUAUGUGGUCGACAAUUGCAGUCAUCAAGUGAUGUGCUUGCUUCAUGAAGCCAUACAGAGAAAUAUUAUUGUUGAUGGAAAUUAUUAUGGACAAUAAUCGAAUCAUCUCUUCUAUUCUGUCGAUUUAUUCUUCGGUCAACGGUACAAUCUUUCUGUGGUUGAUCAGAACAAUCAUUGCAUACAAAAUUCAUCCUUGAGACUAGGGCAUAGCUGCUGAAAAUUUUUCUACAGCACAACGGUUGUAUCAUCAAUUCGUCUUCCGACUGAUUUAUCCUCACUUUCACAUUGCAACCAUUUCUGGCAAAAUAUUUAUUCCAUAGAUACACUAGUUUAUUUCUUCACCGUUUUAAAAAUUCAAACAUUGUAUGCAAGUUCACAUAAAUAAAUAAAAACCAAAAGGAAUCACCUAAUAUGAGAUCAGAACUAUCAAUUUAAAAUGUGAGGUAUCGAAAUAAUGUACUAUCUUUAUUGUCUUAAAACAACACAAUAAUAAUGACGAGUCCCAAACUGAAGAUGAGAUAACCUAUUGAUGUUAUCUUGUUGGCGUCAUUGCAUAAAUCUGUCGAACAACAGAACAUACCAAUUCCUUCAACAUUGUUUGGGGUACAAAAUUUUAGUGGAGAUCGAGCCACAUUCCCAGUUGCCACCCAAUAUUUCUAUUUCAAACAAAUGAUUGCUAUAAGAUUUCGAAAUGAGACUGACUUACAGCACAUGUAUAUCCUUGAUCAUCCGCUACAGUUAUUUGUUGAAUAUUUUUUGGAUUGAACGGAUCGUUACAGUUGUUCGUACAUUGAUAACAUGUUAGACCACCAGUCAGCUGACUCAAAACUACAAUUAGAUCAAAAUAAAAUACUUUUUCUUGAAAAACAGGAAAUUUACCGAGUAGAAGAAAGCAGAUGAGAGUAGCUCGUCGAAACGUAAACAUACUAGUAUUGAUGAUCAAUACAAAUCAAAUGUAUACACUGUCAUGUUUACAAUUAUUCAUGUUGUAUACAAGCAGAAAAGAAAAGAGUAAGCAUUUGAGACAAGGUAAAAAUAUGCAUAUAUGAUGUUGGACGAGCAGAAAGGGAAAAAACCGUGAGGUCGUCUCUGUUUUUUCGUUAUUUUUUUUGAUAAGCACAUGGACAGUCUGUGCAUCAUUUUUAUAUAAACAUAUUUUUGCAGUGUAUUUUGACUUGUUGUAUACGUCAAUCAAUUGAAAACAGACCCAUCUAUCUCUUAAAGAAAAGAAAUGUUUAAUCUGGUAGUCUCAACUCUUAAUUUUCAGCAAUAAAGUAAAUUGAAAAUUAUAUAAGAAUAGAAUAAUAAUAAAUAAAUGUGUUUGAAUUAAAAAUCAAAGAAAAAAUAUAGAGUUGUUUUCGUCGUGGCAUUUCAUGUUAUUUAUUAAAAUAUUAAAACACUCCUCGGGGCUUUGUAUUACAUGUUUUAAGCAUAAGCGAGAAAACGAAAUUCUGAAAAGUUGAUAAAUAUAAAAACAGACGCAAAAGAGUUUAAAAAGGAAAAGGAAAGCUACACAUGAUUUUUAAAGAAACAGGUGUUAUUGUUCAUUUUUACCAUAGAGUGGUUCUUUCUAUGUUAAUUUCUCCACCGUUGAAAGGAGAUUGUUAAUUUUUGUAAUAAUUAAAACUUUAAAUUGCACAUUAUUUUGAAUAUUUUUCAAACAAUUCUUGUAUUUCAUUGAUCAAUUGUUUGAACUUUCAUAAAGUAAAGGAUUUAGUAGCAUAUGAAGUAGUGUCACCUAAAUACUUUUCUUCUUAACUUGAAAUAGAUACUCAAAUUCUUAAAUAAAACUAUUUUCAUAACGGAAUUGACAAACGAUAAAUGCUGAGUAGUAUAUUCGAGGAUUUAAGAAAUAUUGAAGAUUUCAUAAAGGUGAACAUCAUUAAAUCGUAUUUCAAUAUCUUAACAAAGUAGAUGUAGAACUACAUCAUAUUAUAUGUUUCACAAUAUUUAAUAAUUGUUUCCAUUGUAACUAUUCCGAGUUUCAAAUUGUUAUUAAAUUUGGAGUGAUUGAGAAUGAGACUAUAUUCGAAUUCAAUAUUUCAUGAAAAGCAUGUUUCAGUUAAUAUUGUUUUCUUGUUCAGAAAAUCGAUUGAAUAAAUUCAUCAAAAACAGAAUGGCCUUCGAAUCUAUUUUAAAAAUUUUGUAUAUGCGAUAAAAAACAUUAACGUGUUUAAAUCAUUUCUAACGAUAUGCUGACCACAUAAGUCAAUUUGAAACAAAUCGACUAGUGAAUCUUUCACAAAAUAUGGAGUACUACAGGGACCAAUUGAAUUUCCCCUCUUUGUUUUUUCUUGUUUUUAUAGCUGUAUUUCUUUUAUUUUUUAACCCAUUAUGUAAAGGGAGAAAACCCAAAACGCGCUGCAUCUUUCGGUGUAUUUACGUUGAACAUGAAAGAUAGUGUAAAGAGUAAAAAAAUGUAUUCGAACAAAAAGGUGGCAUUUUUUUAAUUCCACUAUAUAUUUAUAUCUAUUAUCCAUUUCAAAAUAAAAGAAUGAUGAGUAUUUUUGGAAUAACUUUUAAUAGAUACAAGGCACAGUUCUGCGAUUUUGACUGUUGAAAAGAGAAGAUGAACUCGUAUCAAAGCUGGUAUUUCAGUUUUUUCUGACAAAUUUUUUUAGGGUGUUCAAUCAAGUUUUUAAAAAUCGACGCUUAGAUAGGUUGAUAAGGUGUACUUUUCGUCAAAAAUACGAAAAAAAAACAGUGGUUGUUUUCUUAAAACUUGACUGAAGAUCCUGGAAAAGUUUGUUAGAAAAACAUGAAAUCUAAGCUUUGAUGCAGAUGCAUCUCCUGUUUCCAAUAGUAAAAACCACAGAACUAUAUCUUGUAUCUAUUAAUAUACAGUUUUGUUCAGUUUUUCAUUCUCUAUCUUUAGGGGUGCAAGAAAUUUCUAAUAGAUUUGGGACUUAGGACUAAAUCUUUGAGAUUUGAAUUUGUAUUUGGUUUCUGAAAUUUGAGAUUUGGUCUGGAUUUGGGGGAACUCCAAAGUUCCGCAAGCGUAACUUACGCAUGGAUCAUUUGCGCACGAGAUAAAAUUUCAUAUUUACAAAUGAGUAAUCAUAUAAUCCAAUCAAUAAUAAACUGUAAUGAUUAGGCGUAGACUUUUCGAUAGUUUGAUCUCAUUAAAAUGAGCUCAUUUUGAGAACAAAUGUCUCUCAUAUAUGAUAAAUGAUCAUUCACAUUCGAAACAGUUCAUGAUCAAUUAUUCUUAAAUAUGUGUACUCCUAUCGAAUUCGCUACUACCACAAAAAGAUCGUUGUUUAUAUAGUCAAGAUCGCCGAACCGAUACAAAAACUUAUUGGCGUUGUGAAAAUCAUACAACUUUGGAUUGUCAUCAUUGUAUACAUACAUGUAAUAAUUCUGUUACUAAAGCACAUGUUAUGACAUUAAAACAACAUGGUAAUCAUGCAACAAGUUGCAAUUGAGAUCAAAUUAAAAUAUCAUUAAGAAGAUUUCAUGAAAAUGUAACCGAUCGUGCAAAAAAUACUAAAGAAACAACAGAUAUUGUAUUAUCACAAUGCACAUCAAAAUUACCUGAUUCAGCACAUAUACGAUUGCCACCAUUAGAUCAUAUUAAAAGAACAAUUCAACAACAUCGAAAAAAGAAUGAUUUACCACAAAUAGUAAAUGAUGUGGAUUUUUCCUCUGUUCCUGUAGUUUUGCAAUCAACAAAACGAAAUGAUACUUUCUUACGUAUUGAUACAGAUUCAGAUUAUUUUGAAGAUAAUUACAUUGUUCGUUUUCGGGCAAAUGGAUCACGUACACGACCACUAUUUACUAUUGAAUAUUGGAAUGCCCAUGAACGAACUAAUAAUUCAGCGGAGGCAUGGAACAGGUGCAUCAAAUGUAUUUUUCAAUGUUCACAUCCAACAUUAUAA